UUCUUGCAAAUUUUGACAAUAUGAAAUGAAGUUUUAGAUUGACAUGUAUUGUGACAGAAUAUAGCAAAAAAACAUUUUAAAUUACGAAUAAAUUUUUGUUGAUAUAUAAUUUCACAAUAGUUUUUUUCCAGGCAGUUGAAUAAACUUAAUUUCAGACCGAUAUUGUUUUUCGUUUGGACUUCGUAUUUAGCAACACUUGCACGAUUAACUUUGUAAUUUUCAUUCGAGGCCUUGUAACAGGAAGCUAUAAAUACAGCAGUUUAUAGAGCUUAUCUCUUCCAAUUGCGAACUUCUUAACAAGAUCAAGUUGUAGGUUGGUUUCUUCAAGUCACAAGUCAUGAAGAUCUUGGUCGUUUUCAGUGUCUGUCUGGCACUUGCUUGUGCGGCCUCUGAAAAUCUCAAGAGGCUCGAGGCUUGUAACAAUGAGGGGUUUGAUUGCACCUGCCAAUCCGGUCUAUCGUGCAGGUUAACCAAAAAAAUGAUCGUGGAUGGCAAAACUAUUCCCGUCAAGCAAUGCAUGGGCGACCAUGAGAAGAUUAACGUGGAGACAAUCCACAUGGACCCUGAGGAGCAGAUCAGUGCAGCUAACGCAGCUUACAGAGUGAAGCGUUUCCUGGGAAUUCUAACGAAGUGUCAGUCUGACGUUGACUGCGCCCCGAAUUUCUGCUGUCCGAUUCUGGCCCAGCGGUGUAUCCCGAAAAUCCCAGAAGACGGCGCCUGCAACUUCAAGGAUUUGCAUAGAUGUGGCUGUAUGGAUGGAUUGGUAUGUCAAAAGACCACAGAGAUCACAAUUUUCCCUCCCUUUAAGUUUCCUCUAGAGCAGUGUGUCAAGAUGUAAACACGGAUAUUUACCUAACAUAGGAAACGUCGCACCAUAGACAUAAAGUGCCGUAGCAGUUUGAGCCAGUAAAAGAAAAAUAAAACGGCGCUUUGCUUUGUUUCUUCCGA